UCUGAUGACCUCUACAAAAAAUAUUUUAUAAUCAGUGCCGCUACGUGAUACGUGCUUUUGCUUAUUGUGCUUUAACGGCAUGUCGUCCACAUCCGUUUCGAGUGCAGUUGCUACGCCUAGUUCGGCACCGCGUCCGCCGCCGCGUCGUCGUGCAGCCUCUGUUGCUGGCCAGCAGCGCCGACCGUCCAACACAAGUCAAGAAUUCGGGUAUGGUCACACACCGAGGAGAUCGCUAGCAGUUGUGAAUGACGUUGCCGAUACGUGUCAUUUGCGCAUUGUUGUGAUAAAUGGAAAAUCGUUGGCGAAAAAAGAUAUUUUUGGUGCUAGUGAUCCCUACGUAAGAAUUGAUUUGAACACAAUAAAUGGUGAUAUUAAUAUUGAUUCGGUCUUAACAAAGACCAAAAAAAAAACCCUAAAUCCCACUUGGAAUGAAGAAUUCGUAUUCAGAGUAAAGCCAUCAGAACAUAAAUUAGUGUUUCAAGUUUUCGAUGAGAACCGUUUGACGCGAGAUGAUUUCCUAGGUAUGGUCGAAUUAACUCUGGUCAAUUUACCAACAGAACAAGAAGGACGCACUAUUGGACCACAAAGUUAUGCGCUUAGGCCGAGAAGGUCAGUAGGCGCUAAGUCACGUAUAAAAGGCACUUUAGAAAUUUAUCAUGCAUUCAUACAUGAGACAAGAGAAAAUGCCGAAACAAAUGCUGAAAAUGAAUGGGAGCAUGUGGAGGAUGUCUCACUUAAUGGCGCAACACAAACAGUUAAUCCAUUUACAGCAAAUGGUGGUCAAGAUCCUUUACCAGUUGGUUGGGAGGAACGUCAAGACGCUAAUGGUCGCACAUAUUACGUGAACCAUACAGCACGCACCACACAAUGGGAAAGACCAACCACAUUAACAAUCAAUAACGCGAAUGUGAAUGUAGAACAAGCAGCAUCAGAUUUCCAAAGACGUUUUCAUAUAAGUGUGGAUGACUCCGAAACAGGCAGAGCGACGGAUACCAUCAGUCAGUGUAGUCUAGAGGAAAACACAAUCUCAAGAACCCAAUCAUUAACAUCAUUAAAUUCAAACAGUUCGAACAAUUUUAAUAAUAACAGUAACAGUAGUCACAGUGAUAAUGACAGCAACAACAAUAACAACAACAACAACUCAAACAUGGAUUAUGAAAGUUUUGUUUACAAUUCACUAAGACAUCCGACUAAUAGGUCUCAAAUCUCUGCAACUAGCUUACAGACUGAUCUACGCCCAGUGCGGCAGGCACCUGGAGUACCCACUGCUCUAUCGAGACGAGCAAUGACAAAUUUGCGUAACCGCAAUAACAUGGAACGCCAACAAUCACAGCAAUCACAUUUUGGUGAACAUAUUUCAACAGACAUUUUUGGCAGUCGGCAGACCUCAAGAGAAGCGAAUGAAGAUAGUGAUCAACCUGAUAGCGGUAAUCGUUCUGAAACAUCAGCAUCAUCAACAAGAAGAAAUUCCGUGGAAGAUAACGCAGCCGUAACAGAACAAAAUUUAAAUGUUGAUGAAGAACCUUUGCCUCCACGGUGGUCGAUGCAAGUUGCGCCGAAUGGACGUACCUUCUUCAUUGAUCAUGCAGCUCGUCGUACAACUUGGAUUGAUCCACGCAAUGGUCGAGCUAGUCCUAUGCCAAAUCAAACUAGACGUGUCGAAGACGACUUGGGACCGUUGCCAGAAGGUUGGGAAGAACGUAUGCAUACUGAUGGUCGUGUAUUUUAUAUUGAUCAUAAUACCCGUACAACACAAUGGGAAGAUCCAAGAUUAUCCAAUCCAAAUAUUGCUGGACAAGCUGUACCAUAUUCUCGUGAUUAUAAACAAAAAUAUGAAUACUUUAAGAGCCAUCUGAGAAAACCAACUAAUGUACCUAAUAAGUUUGAAAUACGCAUACGUCGUACAUCAAUACUGGAAGAUUCAUAUAGAAUUAUUAGCUCUGUUACCAAGACAGAUCUGCUUAAGACUAAAUUAUGGGUGGAAUUUGAAGGAGAGACAGGUUUAGAUUAUGGUGGCCUUGCAAGAGAGUGGUUCUACUUAUUAUCAAAGGAAAUGUUUAAUCCAUAUUAUGGUUUGUUUGAGUAUUCAGCUAUGGAUAAUUAUACAUUACAGUUGAAUAAAUAUGGUCCGAGAAAUCGUAGAAGUACAGAACUACUGCUUCUGACAAGCGCACAGAAUGAAUAA